UUGACACAUAUGUCAAUGUCAAAUAUUUUAUUGAAAUGUGUAAUUUUGAAAAAUUCUCGUGAAAAAUGAAUGGAAUAAUAUUAGCUGGACUUGGUUUGGCAGCCGUUGGAUUUGCAGGUCGUUAUGCACUCAGGCAAAUGCCCAAUGCUGCCAAAACCUUUAAUGAAGCAAUGAAAAACCUCCCGAAGUUCGAUUCUGCCUCAGUUGCUAACUCUAAAUACUACAAAGGAGGGUUCGAUCAAAAGAUGAAUAGGAGAGAAGCGGCUUUAAUUCUAGGUAUUAGUCCCAGUGCAAAUAAAAUAAAAGUGAAGGAUGCCUUUAAGAAAGUGAUGGCAGUAAAUCAUCCAGAUAGAGGAGGAUCUCCAUAUAUAGCAUCAAAGAUCAAUGAAGCCAAAGACUUUUUAGAAAAACACUCUAGAAAUUAAAAUAGUUUAUUAAAUUCAAAUUGUAUAUAGAUAAAAAGCUUAAUAAAGAUUUUACAUAGAAUAGACUAGAUUUGUGU